UUUUUGUUUUUUUAAUUAAGAGUUGCUCUUACCGCCCUGCUUUUGUAAACUGAAGUGUCGCGACGGAUUUAGUGAUCUGUCAAACUGAACGAUUGCGCCACGGGUCACCUAAGGAAAAUAACAGUAUCGACAGGUUCUCCUGGUACUCGUCACCAUGGCUCCUUUCUUGAGGAUCGCCUUCAACACAUACGAUAUGGGUGUACUGUCUUCUUCAACUGAACAACCCUUCUGUGCUAUCAAGAUGAAGGAAGCACUGACUACAGAACGAGGUAAGACACUCGUUCAGAGAAAGCCCACCAUGUACCCGGCCUGGAAAGCCAGCUUUGAUGCGCACAUCUACGAGGGGCGUGUGCUUGAGAUACUGCUGAUGAAGACAGCGGAGGAGCCGCUUGCCGAGGUCACCAUCGGUGUCUCAGUUCUCGCUGAGCGCUGCAAGAAGGCCAACGGACGUGCUGAAUUCUGGGUGGAUCUCCAUCCUGCAGGGAAAGUCAUGAUGGCAGUGCAGUAUUUUCUGGAGGAUGUGGAUACAGAGAGUAAGCAAGCUGCGAAGGAGGAAGAGGCGCCUACACUGAACCGUAGACGAGGAGCCAUUAAGCAAGCAAAGAUCCACUUCAUAAAGAACCACGAGUUCAUCGCCACAUUCUUCAGACAACCCACUUUCUGCUCUGUGUGCAGAGAAUUUGUCUGGGGACUCAACAAGCAAGGCUAUAAAUGCAGACAAUGCAAUGCAGCCAUCCAUAAGAAAUGCAUAGACAAAAUCAUAGGCAGAUGCACUGGUACUGCAGCCAACAGUCGGGAUACUGUGUUCCAAAAGGAGCGGUUUAAGAUCGACAUGCCCCACCGUUUCAAGAUCUACAACUAUAUGAGUCCCACUUUCUGUGACCACUGCGGGAGCCUGCUGUGGGGUCUGGUUAAGCAGGGCCUGAAGUGUGAAGACUGUGCCAUGAACGUGCACCACAAGUGUCAGGACAAAGUGGCCAACCUUUGUGGGAUCAAUCAGAAGCUUCUAGCUGAAGCACUAACACAAGUCAGUCAGAAAUCUUCCACUCGUCGCUCAGAUCCCGACCUGCAGGGUCUUGCUGAUAUUGGAAUAUAUGAUGAAGUAAACAAACUUGCUGGACUUGAGAUCAACGAUGGGUCUCCAUACGGCAGACUGUGGGAAGGAUCCACCCAAAGACCACAGUCUCGUAUUACCCACCUGACCCGUGUCAAUGUUGACAACUUCAUCUUCCACAAGGUGUUAGGAAAAGGGAGCUUUGGAAAGGUCCUCCUUGCAGAGCUGAAAGGGCGUGGAGAGUAUUUUGCCAUAAAGGCUCUGAAGAAGGAUGUGGUACUGAUGGAUGAUGAUGUCGAGUGCACUAUGGUGGAGAAGAGGGUUUUGGCUUUAGCCUGGGAAAACCCCUUCCUCACCCACGUUUACUGCACCUUCCAGACAAAGGAGCAUCUGUUCUUCGUGAUGGAGUAUCUGAAUGGAGGCGAUUUGAUGUUUCACAUUCAGGAAAAAGGACGCUUUGAACUUAACAGAGCCACGUUUUACUCUGCUGAGAUCGUUUGUGGUCUUCAGUUCUUGCACUCCAAGGGGAUCAUUUACAGAGAUCUUAAAUUAGACAAUGUGAUGCUGGAUUACCUUGGCCACAUAAAGAUCGCUGACUUUGGUAUGUGCAAGGAGAACGUGUUUGGGGAGAAUCGGGCCACAACUUUCUGUGGUACCCCUGACUACAUCGCUCCUGAGAUCCUGCUGGGACAGAAGUACUCGUUCUCUGUUGACUGGUGGUCGUUUGGAGUGUUGCUGUACGAGAUGCUGAUCGGUCAGUCGCCCUUUCACGGCGAUGACGAGGAUGAGUUGUUUGAGUCCAUCCGCAUGGACACUCCCCACUAUCCUCGCUGGAUCAAUAAGGAGGCCAAAGACCUGCUCGAACGGUUGUUUGAAAGAGACCCAACACGCAGACUAGGAGUUGUGGGAAACCUCCAGUUACACCCAUUCUUCAAGACCAUUAACUGGCAGUCCUUGGAGAGUAGAGAGGUUGACCCACCCUUCAAACCUAAAGUGAAAGCACCAAACGACUGCAGUAACUUCGAUCGGGAGUUCCUCAAUGAGAAGGCGCGGCUUUCUUACAGCGAUAAGAACUUCAUAGACUCCAUGGACCAGUCUGCGUUUGCUGGCUUUUCCUUCAUAAACCCCAAGAUGGAGCACCUUCUAGAGAAGUGAUUGUUUUUACCACCAGCCUGAAUCCGGAGUCUCUCCUGUUGUUUAUGGGACGUUUCACCUGCUUACAGACAUGAGGGUUUUCCUCAAAUAAAUCAGUAUUUAUGUAACUUUCAUUUCAGGUGCAAACUAUUCCCCAUUGGUACAUAUAGAAAAUAAAUGCCUGUACUGUAUAUACUAUUGUUAUUGUACUUGUGUGCAUGCUCAUUAUUGGUUACGGCUGUGAAAGCCUCUUUGAGUAAUAAUAAGGUGGGAGGCUGAAAACACUUUCACUCCCUGUAAUGUGAGUGCAACCAUCUGCAAACCUUUUGUUUCGUUCAUCAUGAAUGGCUCAGAUCAACAUGUCUGUGUUCAAACUGUAGAUCAGUAAGGAAUGUUAUUUUUCUGAAACCUCUGGAUUCUUGCUUUCGACUUCAUUGCUUUGAAGUACAGUAAGAUUCAGCUGUGGUUGUGCUGUUUACUGAAGAUGAAAAGAUCAAAUUUAAACACCACCAGCUGCCCUCUGCUGUAUAAAAUGCUCCCGUGUUUGGACCGUGGUGAAUUUGGUGAAGUCAUGGGUACAGAAAGUUUAAUAAUGUUAUCUGAAUAUAGUUAGGGAGCAGGACAUCACUGAAUUGCUGUAUAUACGUAUUUUAGAUGUAUAUUGCUGUAACAUGUAUAUUGGUUCGGUAAUGAUGUACUUUUUUUUUACCAUCUAUAUUUACAUCUGAUUUUAGAAAAACAUCAGCUCCCAAGACUGCUGCUUUUUUGUAUGUAACAAUAAAGCUGUUAGAGGUGUAUGUAAACAUAAUCUAUGGUCCAAAGCAUUCAUAUUAAAAAGAUCUCAUGUG